ACCACGCAUUUUACCAUUUUCAGAAAUUUAUAAAUUUCCAGAGUAGUGUUGUAGGCUAUAACAAGCGAAGACGGCCGUGCUGGUGAUAAAAUCAUCUUUUACAUCCGAGUUGAUAAUUUUCUUCUCGGAACCUCUGCUAAUUUCACUUCGACCGUUCUGUAGGUUUAUGCCUUUGAUUCGGAAUACGCAAGCUUCAAACCGUUCUGCGUUCAAGACAAGAAAAAAGAAGUAUAACUGCGUCGAUCUGACAUAAAUUCUGGUUGAACUGAAACUGAACAAAAUGUCACUUCAAACCAAAGGCGGUGGUGAAACACCCGAAGCUGAAGGAACGGACUUUACCUACGUAAAUCCAUCCUUCGAUCAACCGAAUGAAAAUGAUGGCGAGACUACAAUCUUUGGUCGAGAUGGAGCUGUCACUGUGACUGAGAGCCCGCCCAUCACCCGUAAUACAAAUGGGAUCGUGGCUUAUAGAGGACAGCCACCACCAAGAGAAAGAUGUCGAACAAUAAGCGAGAAUGUAGAUGCUUUUUCCGAUAUUACUGCGGACGAUGAAGAAGAAUUGUCCCCUAAGCCGACUCGCGCUGCAGCUAUGCUGGAACACCUACCACGCUAUUCUCAACUGGCGAAUAACAACCAUGCGAGACGUGGAACAGGAGGAAGACGAGGGUCGACAUGGAGCAUCGAUUAUGACGAAGAAGACGCUCAUCGAGAACUUAUUUUGAAGAUACGCAAAAAUCUACCACUAAAAGAUUUUACGGAAGAGAUCAGAGCAAAUAAGGACUUGGCAAAGUUUCUGGUUCAGCCCGUGGUAUUAUUGGAUCUUCCGGACACAAAAGACAAAUCCGAUGUAUCAUUCGGCCUGGAAACUAUCAUCGAGAAAUUGAUGGAAAAAUUGCAGAAAGAUUUGGAUUUGGACGAAAAAAUAACUGGAAAGGCAGGGAAAGCUUUUUUCACCAACCAUCAACCUGGAAACGAAUCAUUGGCAUCUGUGGAUCAACUUCGUGAAACAAUUCAGGGGGUAAAGUACGUUCGAGACGGUACAAUAUACGAAGAAACUUGGAUAACCGCUUUAUGCGUCUUGCCUAUGAUCAAACGAAGUCACGUUGCAAUAGCCAGAUUGCGUCAUCCAUUGAACUUGGGAAACAAAUGUGAAGAAGUUUCAUUCGUGAUUGCUGUGGUGGCGCCGAAAAAGGAGAAAUUCACUAAAAAUGCCGUGGAAGUCGGCCGUACGUUCUCUUCUCUCAUGAGCAACAUUUACUUCCGGAAAAGUUUGAGCGACGCAUCCUCCGAGGAAGAGUUUAAACAAGUUUUGAAACAGCAGAGUGAGAAUCAUAUUCGAGAUGUCAGGAAAUCGCUCUCGGAAACUUUCAUCGAAGAGGAAGAAGAGUCUUUCGAGAAUAUGGGGGAAUAUCCGUUCUACCACUUUGGUCGGGGUGUACUUGAUGAUCUCAAACGACGGUUGCCAUAUUAUCCUUCUGAUUUUAUUGAUGGAAUUGUUGGGAAAUAUACCCUGCGAAAAGUGAUUGCAACAACUCUGUUUUUGUACUUUGCGUGCUUAUUGCCUGACAUUGCAUUUGGAACAGUGUAUGAGGAAAAUACGGAAGGCAAAAUAGGUGUGACCGCUUGUAUCAUGGCACAGACGUUCGGUGGACUAGUUUUUUCUCUGUUUAGUGGACAACCUCUACUUGUUCUUUUGACUACGGCACCAUUGGCUUUAUACGUGAAAGUAAUAAAAAUGGUCAGCGGCGUUAUAAAUGUUGAUUUCCUGGCAUUGUAUGCGAUGGUCGGCUUGUGGAAUUCAUUCUUCAUCAUUUUGCAAGGAUGCUUCCAUGCUAGUAAACUGAUGAAAUAUUCGACAAGGUCAACAGAGGAGAUUUUCGCCUUCUUUAUCGCGCUUGCUUUCAUCGCAGAUGCAGUGAUGGCAACGGUCGGAAAUCAUGGACGGAAUUACAACUUCAAUGAGACGAAAUAUCAAGUGAAUGAGACAUUGCAACAAUCUUUGCCGGAUAGUUGUUUGACGGAGGAAUACUGCACGAGGCCAGAAAAUUUUAUUCUCUUUUUAUUUUUGAUGCUCGGAACUUUGGCUCUUGGACUUAUUAUUCUUCGUUUUGAACAAUCUCAAUUCUUAUCGUCAACGAAGCGUGAAAUUUUGGCGGAUUAUGCUUUACCAAUCUCUGUAAUUGUCUUCACUUUGAUCGGAUCCAUAGCCUUUCAAGAAAUAGACGUUGCCCGUUUCAACUACUUUCCCGAAAGCGCGAGAAUCGUUCUUGCGCCAUUUCAUUUAUUGACAGUUGAAGCAAUUUUUGUGGCUGCAGGUUUGGGAUUGAGCCUGAGUUGCUUGUUUUUUGUGGACCAAAACGUAUCGGCUGCACUCGUGAACACACCGUCCAACAAAUUACAGAAGGGAAAUGCAUACCACUGGGAUCUUGUUUUAAUUGCUCUCAUAAAUGCAGUCCUCUCGAUUUUCAAUUUACCAUGGCUGCAUGCGGCCCUUCCGCAUUCUCCAUUACAUGUUAGGGCAUUGGCUGAUGUGGAACAGCACGUGACAACUCUGGGAACAGUACACGAUGAAAUCGUAAAAGUACGAGAAACCAGACUAACGACUUUAUUCUCUCAUAUUCUCAUCGGUCUCUCACUAUUGUUCGUUCACAUACUUCAAUAUAUCCCGGUACCAGUACUUCAGGGACUGUUUCUCUACCUUGGAAUCACCUCUUUCGGAGGAAAUCAACUUUUUGACAGACUGCUUCUUUUUUUUACUGAAGGCAGUUCUUAUCCUCCAAAUCACUAUGUUCGUAAAGUGCCACAGAAGAAACUCCAUUUAUUUACUCUCUGUCAAAUGCUCCAACUAGUGAUUGUCUGUUUCUUCGGAUUCGCUCCGCAAUUCUAUCUGAAGAUGAUCUUUCCUAUUCUUAUACUACUUCUGUUGCCAGUGAGACAUAAGAUAAUGACUCGCAUCAUUGAACCAAAAUAUCUCGCCAUCUUGGAUUCCAAUUUGAGCGUUUGAAGAAAGAACUACAACAUCUCACCACGUUUUGGGCACUCUAUAUAUUACAUUUGUAAUAUUGAUUUUCUGUAACAGAUUAGUUUAGACGCAAAUAAUUUGUAUUGGCUAUUACUUUUAUGUACGAGUUCUCACUCGUUCGCUUUAACCACUUAUGAAUUUGGUACUAUCUGGAAAUGCGAGUGUUCGAUGCCCUAAAGUUUUAUGAUGUCGUCUUGUCCAUUAAAAAUAGUUCCGAGUUAUUUUUAUUGCGCUUUUUUCAUUCACGACCUGAUGUACUAUUAAACUUUCAAUAUUUGCCUUGAAAUAUUUUAUUAUGCUUAUCUGAUCUGAAAAAGUAAGUUGAUGUGAUAAUGCUGAAUUGAUUUUAACCCUAAAUUUAUUGUUGGUUGAGACAACCACAAGAUUCCGUCCCAAUCUUUGAAGAACUUAUAACAGUUGCGAGGUUCUCGUUAAACAUCAUUGGAAAUAUCGAUCCGGAAAACAAUAUUUCGAUGUCACAUUGACGAAUUCAACGUCGACAUCAUCAUUGAACUGUGCUAUAUAUUUCAUAUAUGUAUUUUAAAGCAUUUGGUGUAAUGUUUCUGUAUGUUUGUUUUCUUUUUCGUAGUAUUGGGGAUGUGUCAUUACAGAGCCAAAAACGUUAGUUUUAUAUAUUUUUGUACCAUAAAUACUAACUUUCUUGUUCCGGUUUUAAGUGGGGAAGAUGUUUAUUAUUGGUAGUGUACAUCUCAACAUCUCAUUUUAAGGUGCUAUCUAGUCUGCAUUCGCCGUCCAUCCGAGUUGCGCUUGGAUACAAGAUCUGCGAUAUCUUGAUUUCCAACAAUAUGUUAAUAUGCUGGGUGAAACUUUUUUAUUUAUAAGAACUUAGAACAACGAACAACUUGUUAGUUCAUUUUGUUGUUCAACACUACAAAUUCCACCAAAUUUAUUGUGUAAUUUUCUUUUGAACUGGUUGAAUAAACUAACAAUAGGUGUGUAAUAAA